GAGAUCACGUGCACUGGGAGGAACUCACGAUGGCGCUGCGUCUUCCUCUUCUGUUGCUGAGUACCUUCGCAUUUUCUCUUUCUCAGUACACUCCAGACUGGGACUCUCUGGACAAAAGACCUAUACCAGAAUGGUUUGAUGAAGUGAAAUUUGGUCUGAUGAUAUCAUACGGGAUCUAUUCUGUGCCAGCCUGGGCUCCUGUGGGAACGUACGAAGAAUGGUAUUGGCACGCGCUCAAUAGUAAAGGCAGUCCGACUCAGCAAUGGCAUUACAAAACGUAUGGAGAGAAUUUCAAGUACGAGGAUUUUUUACCGAUGCUUACAGGAGAACUAUUUGAUGCCGACGAAUGGGCAGAUAUCUUUUACAAAGCUGGUCUCAAGUAUUUUGUACCUCUCUCUAAACAUCAUGAUGGGUACACACUUUGGCCAAGUAAGACAAGUUGGGGCUGGAACACAGUAGACACUGGUCCUCACCGAGAUAUUAUCGGAGAGUUGACUACUGCCUUGAGAGCAAAGGGACUUCACGCUGGAGUGUACUUUAGCCUUUAUGAUUGGUACCAUCCUCUUUAUGUUGGCUCACAACCAGAGCUCUAUGUCACAGAGGUUAUGACACCACAGUUGAUGGAACUAAUUCACAACUAUGAACCUGACAUAUUGUGGACAGAUGGAGAUUGGGAAAAACCGCCCUCCUUUUGGAAUUCAACUUACUUUCUUGCUUGGCUCUACAAUGAAUCACCUGUUAAAGAGAAGAUUGUAGUGAAUGAUCGUUGGGGAUCGGGCAGCCGAGGAAAACAUGGCGGCUUUUACACUGAGGAAUACAGUUCACACACAGUUGCUGAUCACAAGUGGGAAGAAGACAGUGGCAUUGAUAUCCACAGUUAUGGGUACAAUCGGAAUACUCCACCAGAUAAAUACUAUACUGCUUCAUAUUUGAUUGAUCUUCUCACAAAGACGGUUGCUUAUGGAGGCAAUUUGUGUCUGAAUGUCGGCAUCAGUUAUGAUGGUAAAAUACCAAACAUCAUGGCAGAACGUUUGCUGCAGAUAGGAGCUUGGUUAGAUGUCAAUGGUGAAGGCAUUUACAAUACCACCAAGUGGAAAGUACCAGAUGAACAAGUGCCUGUCAAUUUGAGUCAUAUGGUUGUAUUCAAUAAUACCAACAACGUAGAUGGCCAGGUGACUCCUGACAGCAAUACAUCAAAUAUCAAAUAUUUGGGUACAUUUGAAACUGCUAAUGAGUGUUUAAAAAGUUGUGAGAAUAAUUCCUGGUGUAAGUCAUUCACGUGGGUUCAGAGUACUGAUGAUGCUUAUAAACAUCAGUGCUUUGGUCGAACUGACCUCUACUGGCAUCCAGAUUCAGAAGAAGGCCACGUGAGUGGACGCAGAGAUUCGAUCACAAUUCGCUACACUGCCAGCAAACUCCAGAGCAAGACUGUCUAUGCAAUCAUCACCGACUGGCCCACAGGCAAUUCACUAAAUCUCACCAGCCCGAUUCCCAGCCAAUCCACAGCAGUCUCCAUUCUUGGUUAUGAAGGAUCAUUGAAGUGGACUGGCACACCAGGCAAGGCGGGAAUGAGCAUUAUGUGGCCUAUUCUGACAGUCAGCGAACUGCCAUCGAUGUAUCAGUGGACUAUCAAACUCAUGAAUGUUUCCUAGACUUUACUGUUACAGCACCGAUGGUAUGUAUGUACGUGUCGUUUGCUCUAAAUUGUUGCUGCGAUGGAAAGUUUUUCUUAGUGAUUAUUAUUAUACGCAAGGUUUUGUAUGCAUCUACCAAUUUGUAUUGCAUGGAUACCUAGAGAUGCGAGGUAACGCAAAAUUCUAAUGCAUUUGCAAUUUCUAGCUUAGAAAAAAUAUAUUAAUUAAUUAAUA